AUGCCUGUGUUUGCACGUGUGAAAAGGAUUGCGAAAAAUGUCAAACAAGAACAAACGGGAACCAGAUUCGAAGGGUUAAGAAAGAAUAAAGGUCAACAAAAACAGACUCCGUCAUGUGAACACAAAGCGAAAACAUUGUGCCUUGUUCAAAGCCGCGUUCCCACUCCUCAAGGUCACGUGAAAGCUCUCUAUAUAACUUUCAGAUCAGACAGAAAGUCAUGUUGUUUCCGAGAUUCCAGGAUGAGUCGCAAGUCCCAUGCCACCGCCCAAAGGUCCUUCAGGUGCCACGUGUGCGGCAAAGUGUUCGGCCAAAAGGGCCAUCUGCUGAUUCACAACAAUGUCCACGCGGAGGUGAGGCCCUUCGGAUGCGACACCUGCGGCAGGCGCUUCACUCAGAAGGGGAACCUCCUUCGGCACUCGCUGUUGCACACCAACGAAAAGCCCUUCGGAUGCGGCAUCUGCAGGAAGUUCUUCGUGCAAAAGGCUCAUUUGGUGAAGCACGUCGUGGUGCACAGGCAGAGGCUAGCUACCCUUAAAAGGUGUCGGCGGAGGGAGGCGUCCGAGCGAUGGUCUUCCGCUGAGGCCAAGGAGACCUCCCUCAGAUGCAAGGUCUGCGGAUUGCAGUUCAGGCGGAUCUUCAAGCUGAUGGAACACCUGAAGGUCCAGCAUAUUCUGGGAAAGGAAAGGAAAUAA